AUGAAAAUUAUCCUAGACCAAAAUCCAAUACCUGAUAAAGCAGCAGCGUUGUUGAAGGAAUUUAACGAUGUGUUUGCUGUAACCGACGCAGAGUUGACGCAAACUGAUCUAGUGGUCCACGAGAUCGACACAGGGGAUCAUAAGCCCAUAAGGCAAAAAACUAGGCCUGUUCCCAUAGCAGCACGCAAGGAAUUCAAAGAAACUAUCAAAGAUCUGGUAGGAAGAGGCAUAGUUGAAAGAAUGGGCGUCUCCGGUGGUUUUGGUAAGGAAGAAAGAUGCACUCUGAGAGUAUGCAUAGACUACAGAGAGUUGAAUAAGGUGAUUCGGCAAGAUUCGUACCCCUUACCAAAAAUUGAUACCGUGCUACAAUGUCUCGCUGGGAAGAAAGUGUUCUCUACGAUGGACCUCGCCUCCGGAUAUUGGCAAAUACGUCUGUCCGAAGAUGCGAAACGGAAAAGUGCAUUCACAACGAGUGAGGGCUUGUUCCAGUUUACGGUGCUGCCUUUUGGUUUAUCAACGAGCCCAGCAGUUUUCCAAAGAAUGAUGGACAUGGUUCUAAAAGGUUUGGAGCUAGAAGACGAAGUUUUUCGUGUACAUUGA